CUUAGAGGAGUUCUUUCCUGCCUCUAGAAUAGGAUCUAUUAGGAAGGACAUCUGUGGGAUAAAACAAAUGGGGAAUGAAUCAUUUUCUGAAUAUUGGAAGAGAUUCAAUAAACUCUGUGCUAGUUGUCCUCAGCAUCAAAUCUCUGAACAGCUGCUCAUCCAGUACUUCUAUGAAGGGUUAUCCCUAAUGGAUAGAAGUAUGGUAGAUGCUGCUAGUGGUGGUGCUCUAGUUACUAAGACCCCAGAGGAAGCUAGGAAUUUUUUCAAUCUUAUAUAUCAGAACACACAGCAAUUUGGACUAAGGAUGAAUGAACCAAAAAAGGAAACUGAAUCUCUUGCAGCCCUCACUGAUCAGAUUGCAAAUCUUACCAAAGUUAUGGGACAAAUGGUUAGUGUGGGGGGAAUCAAGAAGUCAGUUUGCUCUGUGUGUAGUCUAGAAGGGCAUACUUCAGAAGUGUGUCCCAGUUUUCAAAAUCAAAUGUUUUCAGCUCCUGCUUUUCACUCUGAAAAUUUUCAAAAUUGUAAGGUUAAAGCUGCUUUUAACAAUCAAGGACAGAGGAGGUAUGAUCCCUACUCUAAUUCCUACAAUGAAGGGUGGAGGGAUCAUCCAAAUCUGAGAUAUGGUCCCAGACCAAGUCACCCAGGUUUUCAAAGUACAAACAACAACAAUUUUUCUGCAAAUCUAAACAAUCCUCCUGGUCCUGUUGAUAAAACACACCAAAUGCUAGAGGUAAUUUUGAAAAAAAUGGAGGACAAGUUCUCCCUAGUUGAUCAGAAUAUGAAGCUAAUGCAAGAAAGGCAAACAGCCCAGGACACCUUGUUGAGUAAUUUGCAGGCCCAAAUUAACAACAGGUUACCUGCUCAACCAUUUCCUGCUCCUAAGGAGAAUGUGAGUGCUGUUGUCCUUAGGAAUAACAAGGUUCUUCUUGAACCUUCCUUAGGGAAUGCUAGAAGGGAUCAGGAAAUUAUGGAAAAGGAACUUGACUCACAGAAUAUCCAAGAACCUGAAUUGGUCAACAAUAAAUCUGUUGUGACUCCUGAUAAUCCUAGGGCAGUUUACAAACCUCAGCCACCCUUUCCCAGUAAAUAUCAGAAUCAAAGGAAGAACAGUAAAGAACCAGAUGAUGAAAUAUUUGAAAUGUUUAAAAAGGUUCAAGUGAACAUUCCUCUUUUAAAUGCAAUAAAAAAUGUUCCAAAAUAUGCAAAAUUUUUGAAAGAGAUGUGCACUAAUAAAAGAAGGCUGAAAGGGGAUGAGAGGGUGAGCAUUAGUGAAAAUGUUUCUGCCAUCUUUCAAAAGAAACUUCCACAGAAAUGUCAGGAUCCUGGUGUGUUUUCUGUGCCUUUGAAAGUGUUGCCUUGGUAUAGUGAGUUGGUUAACUAUUUGGUUAAUGGAGAAUUUCCAGUAGGCAUGCCACAAGCUGAGAAAUGUAAACUCAAAGCUCAGUCAAGCAUUGAACAGGGAAACUGGUUCCCUUAUGGAACCAAUGAUGAACCUCUGUCCCCUCCUUCCUGUAAUUUAAGGAAAGUGGGGGAGGGUGUGAUGUGCUAGUUAGGAGGAAAUUUCCUAAUUUGACAUUAAGUGUAUAAUUGUUUUUAAAUCCUCUUUAACACUCCAUAUAAUGACACAACACUUUUAAUUGAGGUGUGAGAAGAAACUUUCGGCCAUUACAUUUUAAAGAGAGAAAAAAUAUUAGUUUGGUUCCAUUAAUAUCAUUUUGUGUAUAGAAAAUAUCUAUAAUAUUUUCUAAAUAUUAUUAGAAAUAUUUUCUAUAGAAAUAUACAAGAUUAUUAUUAUCCCAAAUUUUAAUCUUUAUAUUUUAUACUACUAUAAUCUUUACUAGCAUAAAGAUUGUGGUAGACU